ACAGGCGGCUUUCGAUCAAGCUCAGGCUUUCAAGCAAAGUGUAGCUGUCGGGGCAGUUAUUGUAACUAAGAUGGAUGGGCAUGCCAAGGGAGGAGGUGCUCUCAGCGCAGUGGCAGCCACAAAAAGUCCGAUUAUCUUCAUAGGUACAGGAGAGCACAUGGAUGAGUUCGAGGCCUUUGAGACCAAGACCUUUGUAAGUCGACUUCUAGGUAUGGGUGACUGGUCAGGCUUUAUGGAAAAGAUUCAAGAUGCCGUCCCAAUGGACCAGCAACCCGAGCUACUCCAAAAGCUGUCCGAGGGCAAUUUUACUUUGCGCAUCAUGUAUGAGCAAUUUCAGAACAUCCUGAAAAUGGGUCCUCUCAGCCAGGUGAUGUCAAUGAUUCCAGGUUUUAGUCAAGAGUUUAUGCCGAAAGGUCGAGAAAAAGAAAGCCAGGCUAAGAUUAAGAAGUUUACGACAAUGAUGGAUUCUAUGACAGAUGAAGAACUAGACAGCACAAACCCAAAGCUAAUGACGGAUUCACGCAUAUACAGAAUUGCGAGGGGUUCUGGACGUGGCUUGCGUGAGGUUCAUGAAAUGCUGGAGGAAUUUAAGCGAUUGGCCAAGAUCUGGAGUAAGAUGAAAGGACUUAAGAUUCCUAAAAAGGGUGAUAUGAGUGCUAUGUCUCGGAAUAUGAAUGCACAGCACAUGAGUAAGGUGCUUCCACCUCAGAUGUUGAAGCAAAUCGGAGGAAUUGGAGGCUUGCAAUCGCUCAUGAAGCAGAUGAACUCCAAAGAGUUCUCCGGCAUGUUUGGAGGUGGUGAUGGUUUAGAUAUGAAGUAGUGUACUUGAACUGUAGGUUUUAUUACUCUUGAUUGGGUGUAGCUAUGGGGGACGAGAUCUUCAAGAGUGCUCUACAGGGUUGUAAAUUACCCCGUGUUGAUUACAGCUUUUUCAGAUAGUACCCUCCUGCACUCGCCAAACGGAAGCUUUUUCUGUGUAGAAACCUACCUUCGUCAGGUAGAGAUUGAUUAUGUAUGUGUCAAGCCAAGUAGGAUGCUGAUCUUUAGCUUGUUGCCUCUGCUUUCGUCAUGAAUCUGAUUUUGAUUACAUACUUAAAAUAGCAUUAUUUUCAUUGA